GUCUGUAGUUGCACAGAAUGCAAUCGGUAUAAAAAAUUCGCGGUUUUUAUGUACGAAAACCGUGUCUUCUUCACCGCGCAGCUCUCCGGUGGUCUCUCAAUUUCUUGUCACAUUCCCGAACCGGCAUCGGCCGUCGCCCAAACGCUUGGCUACUAGAGGCGAACUUGUAAUUAGAAGAAGUACCUACUCCCGCGCGCCCCAUCUCAACCAACAUCGUCCGCCACCACCGGCCAACCCCUCACGAAAACACGAAGGAGAAAAAAACUAGAACGAACGUACAACGAUGCCGACCGCCAACUUCGCGACGUUCCUAAUCAUCUGCCCGACAUGUUUCGUCCUCGGCAUUCUGUUCACGAAUUGGUCCUAUGACCACCACACACUGUGGUCCACCCUCCCCAUGUCGGAAGCCACCAUCGCCGCCGUCGAAACCCACUACAGCAUGCUCUGCCGGUCGCCGCCGAUCCUCGCCCGCCUCCUCCACGCCGUCAUCGUCACCGGCCUGCUGGGUUUCUUCGUUAAGCUCUACCGCCCGAGCGAGAGCAACAUGCUUUUCGAUGGCGCCAGUCUGGUGCUAUACAUGAUCGGCCUCAUCAUGUACGGUACCAACAUCAUCCGUGGGCUGCGUACGGUGGAGAGUGGUGAGUACGGUGAGGAUAUUGGGCGCGUUGAUACGCUGAGGGUCAUGGCGGCUAGCCAUGUCAUCCUUGCGUUGGUAUUGGUGGGUGUCCUGGUUCUGCAGAGUGGACAAUGGUACGCGGAGAGGAAGGAGGGGCAGGAGGUGGCUGCGGCGAUACAGUUGGAGGAGGAGGAGGAGGAGAAAAGGUUGGCAGCUGCCGCCGUGGUGGACAAGACGAAGAGUAAGAAGAGGAAUUAGUGGAUGUAUGGGAAAAGGUGGACCCAGGAGCUUGAGGU